UUUAAAUACUUUGUCUAUGCUCCAUCCAACUGAAAAAAGAAAGAAAAAAAUAUUCGGUGAAGGAAACGGGCGAUUAGAUUCGUGUUGUAGAAUAUUCGGUGAAAAAAGAGGUUAAUGAAUCAGCAACGCUAAUAGUGCCGUUAAAACAUGUUUGAUUAGUUUUCUUUGACGUUAUCUUAUGUUAAUACUUUAUUUCAUUGUGUAAUUACCACGUAUUGUGACGAGACAGCUAGCACAAAAAUAAAAUGGCGACGGAUCAGAUGAAAAACCGCAUGCAUGUAUUCAAGAAUGCAGGCAAAGAUGUCGACGAAAUGCGCAGGCGAAGAAACGAAGUCACAGUCGAACUCAGAAAAAAUAAAAGAGACGAAACACUGCAGAAAAGACGCAAUGUUCCCAUCACCUACUCGACAGACGAAGAGGAGAUCGACAGGACGCUCACGGAGACCGACUUCAAGGAGUUGGUUCAGAACGCAGCUAACGCAGACAACCCUGAAGUGCAGCUGGCGGCCGUGCAGCAGUGCCGCAAACUGCUGUCCUCGGAGAAGAAUCCGCCCAUCGACGAUCUAAUCGCCGCCGGCAUCCUGCCGGUGCUGGUGCAGUGUCUACCGCGGGCCGACAGCCCCACGCUGCAGUUCGAAUCCGCUUGGGCCUUAACAAACAUAGCGUCAGGCACGUCAGCACAGACCAACAAAGUGGUGCACGCCGGCGCCGUCCCUGUCUUCCUUCAAUUACUUAUGUCGCCGCACGAGAACGUAUGCGAGCAGGCGGUGUGGGCGCUCGGCAACAUCAUCGGCGACGGUCCCGUGCUGAGAGACUUCGUCAUCGAGCUGGGAGUUGUCAAACCUCUGCUGAGCUUCAUCAAGCCAGGCAUACCCAUAUCGUUCCUACGCAACAUCUCCUGGGUGAUUGUGAACCUGUGCAGGAAUAAAGAUCCACCACCACAGGUGAAGACCAUCCAAGAGAUUCUGCCAGCCAUCAAUGUCCUCAUCACUCACAAUGAUAUCAAUGUACUGGUAGACACAGUAUGGGCGGUGUGUUAUCUCACAGAUGGAGGUAAUGAACAAAUCCAAAUGGUGAUAGAAUCUGGUAUUGUACCCAAGCUGGUACCGCUGCUGUCCCACAAGGAGGUGAAAGUACAGACUGCUGCGUUGAGAGCCAUUGGUAACAUAGUCACCGGCACUGACGAACAGACACAAGUGGUGCUGAACUGCGACGCGCUCUCACACUUCCACGCCUUAUUGUCUCAUCAGAAAGAAAAAAUCUGCAAAGAGGCAGUAUGGUUCCUAUCAAACAUAACUGCAGGCAACAAACAGCAAGUGCAAGCUGUCAUUGAUGCUGGUUUACUGCCCAAGAUUGUAGAGAACCUUAGUAAGGGAGAGUUCCAGACACAGAAGGAGGCCGCAUGGGCCGUCUCCAAUCUGAGUAUAAGUGGCACCAAGGAACAAAUCGAGGCUCUCAUCAACUGCGGCGUCAUACCGCCCUUCUGCAAUUUACUGAGUUGCAAGGAUACACAAGUUAUUAAUGUUGUGCUCGACGGUCUAAGCAACAUGCUAAAGAUGUCGCGCGAGAAUGCGGACCAAGUGGCCACCAUUAUCGAAGAGUGCGGCGGCAUAGACAAGAUAGAGGCGCUGCAGAGCCACGAGAAGGUCGAGAUCUACAAGAUGGCCUACGAUAUCAUCGAGCAGUACUUUGCAGGAGAGGAGGAGGACGCGACGCUGGUGCCGGCGGCGGCGGAGUCCGGGUUCCAGUUCGACCCGGCGGCAGGCGCGCCGCACGAGAACUUCCGCUUCUAACGCUCCCUGUGAGCGGCUCCGCGACUAGCACCGCGACUAGCCUCGCGACUAGCUCCGCGACUAGCUCCACCACCAGCGCAGGCGCCGCGCCCGUUGUAAAGUUCGCGUUGUAAGUGGCCGGCGCCGGCCGAGACUGUUAGGGGAGGGGGGAGGGGGGCGGACCCGGUCCCGCCUCGUACUGCUUGCAGACGGACGCUUUUUGAUAAUAACAUAGUAUUUAUGUUUCGAUUUUUAACUCAGAAUGUUAUAUCGCAGAGCCACAUAGCUAGGAUGACAAUGAAUUAUGUUCUGAAAAUGGGCCCGUUUGUAUCUAUGUACCAAUAAACUCUGUCCAAUAUUAAA